AUCGAAAUAUCGGUUUCGGAUCCGGAGAAAGUUGGUGACGGAAUGAGUUCAUAUUAUAAGUAUACCAUAACGACAAAGACAAACUUGCCGCUCUUCAAGAAACGCGAAUCGAAAGUUAAACGUCGCUUUAGCGACUUUCUAGCCCUAUAUUCUCGACUCAGCGAGAAGUAUACACCGAAAGGAGUGAUAGUUCCACCAGCACCGGAAAAGAGUAUGAUAGGUAAUACAAAAGCCAAAUUCAGUGAAGGAGGCGGUGCUUCGGAUUUUGUUGGAAAACGAAGAGCUGCAUUGGAGAGAUACAUACUGCGUACAGCUUCGCAUCCAGUCCUAAGGAAAGAUACGGAACUGCGCGAGUUUCUAGAGAACGAGCAAGAUUUACCACAUGCUACGAAUAUGUCGGCAUUAAGCGUUGGAGGAUUGAAGCGUUUUGCCAAAACACUUGGCCAUCAAGUAGAAAAAAUUACGUCUAAAUCUCUAGAAUCCGAUAGAUGGUUCGAAGAAAAGUCACAUCAAUUUGAAAAUUUGGAAUUACAAUUAAAAAAGCUGUAUGAAUGCGUCAUGUCUCUUGUAAAUGCCAGAAAAGAUUCCGCUAAAAAUACGGGUGAAUUUGCAAAAGCUUGUGCUAUGCUUAGUAACGCUGAGGAAAAUACAGGUCUAUCCCAUGCUCUCGUGAAAUUAGCAGAUGUAGAAGAGAAAAUUGAUCAGCUAAUGCAAAAACAGACCCAAAGUGACUUUUUUCUUUUGGCGGAAUUACUUAGCGACUACAUUCGAUUACUAACUCCUGUAAAGAAUGUUUUUCAUGAGCGCGUGAAGGUAUUUAGUCAUUGGCAAAAUUGCCAGAAUACGCUUACGAAGAAGAGAGAAACUGAAGCUAAGACGCAAGCUGGAGGAAAAACGGAGAAACUGCAACAAAUUAGACAAGAAAUCAAGGAGUGGGAAACAAAGGUUGAAAAUGGACAAAAAGCAUUCGAAAAGAUUUCUGAUGACAUUAAAGAUGAAAUUGAAAGAUUUGAGAAAGUACGAGUGAAAGAAUUCCGUGAUAUAAUUAUCCGUUAUGUUGAAUCUUUAUUGCAUACGCAGGAGGAAUUGAUCACUUACUGGGAAGGAUUUAUUCCGGAAGUUCAAUCGAUUGCCUAA